GCCCUUGCGGUCUCCUCUGAACUCGCUCACGAAGGCUCCUGACCCUUAAGGCGUGACCCCCGAUCCAGAGAGACACGCGGGGCGCUGCUGGAGGAGGCAGCAUCAUAAAAGUCAAGUGAAAAUGGCGUUUAGCAAUCUGACAUCAAAGGCUAUACUACUGUAUGAUGAAUGGAUUAAGGAUGCUGAUCCAAGAUUGGAAGGCUGGCCACUCAUGUCUUCACCUUUUCCAACAACUUUUAUCAUUGGAACCUACGUUUAUUUUGUUACUUCCUUGGGACCCAAACUCAUGGAAAAUAAAAAACCUUUUGAACUCAGGCAGAUCAUGACAUUUUAUAACUUUAGUGUGGUAGCCCUCUCUUUGUAUAUGACUUAUGAAUUUCUUAUGUCAGGCUGGGCCACAGGAUACUCAUUCCGGUGUGAUAUUGUUGACUACUCGAGGUCACCGACAGCUCUAAGAAUGGUACGAACUUGUUGGCUUUACUUCUUUUCCAAGUUCAUUGAAUUAUUAGACACUAUAUUUUUUGUACUGCGUAAGAAAAACAACCAGGUUACAUUCCUGCAUGUGUUUCAUCAUUCCAUUAUGCCGUGGACCUGGUGGUUUGGAGUAAAAUUUGCUGCAGGUGGUUUAGGAACAUUUCAUGCCUUGCUGAACUGUAUUGUGCAUGUUGUCAUGUACACAUACUAUGGAAUCUGUUCUUUGGGACCAGCCUAUCAUAAAUAUUUGUGGUGGAAAAAGUAUAUGACAACUAUACAACUUGUCCAGUUUAUUAUGAUUACAGCCCAUAUAGGACAAAUCUACAUAAUGGAUGAUUGUCCAUACCAGUAUCCAAUUUUCAUGUUUAUUAUUUGGCUUUAUGGGUCUAUGUUUUUAGUCUUGUUUCUCCACUUCUGGUACCAUGCUUACACCAAGGGACAAAGACUGCCAAAAAUGGCAAAAAAUGGCAUCAGCAAAGACCAGUGAAACAAAUUCUUGUCUCUAAAACCGAAUAAGUGUAUAUGUCAAAGGAGAAACUUGCACUACUUGACAAUCAAGAUGUUUAGGUGUGCACAUUACAUGGUGUAUAUUUUGUAUGUUUUCUUCCAAAACAGAAUUUGUAUUUUUACCAUUAAGUUA